AUGGAUCUCUCCGUUUCUUCGUCUUCUCUCGUUCCAUUCUCUCUCUCCCUCCAUUCAAACGCUCCGAAGCUUCUGCGACUCUCCCGAACUUCCACAACCUUUUUCCGGAAGCCGCCGUCGAUUUCCCGCCAAAACAAGCUCGCCAUCAUCACUGCUAUUCAGGUUUCGACUCAAUCUGAGAAUGACGAUUUUGUCCUCGAAGACGUUCCGCAUCUCACCAACUUCCUUCCCGAUUUGCCGUCAUAUCCAAACCCAUUGAAUAAGAGACAAGCUUACUCAAUUGUUAAGAAAAAUUUUGUGAGCCCAGAAGACGUGGUUGCUCAGAAUGUUGUUAUUCAAAAGGAAAGUCCUAGAGGAGUUCAUUUCCGGCGUGCAGGACCUCGAGAAAAGGUUUAUUUCGAGCCAGAAAAAGUGCGCGCGUGCAUAGUGACCUGUGGAGGAUUAUGCCCAGGAAUUAAUACAGUGAUUAGGGAAAUAGUAUGCGGCUUGAACAACAUGUACGGUGUUCAAGAUAUACUUGGGAUUGAGGGAGGCUAUAAAGGGUUUUAUUCAAAAAAUACCUUGAUGUUGACUCCUAAAGUGGUUAACGAUAUCCAUAAACGUGGUGGUACCUUUCUUCGCACAUCUCGUGGAGGACAUGAUACCCACAAGAUAGUAGAUAACAUCCAGGACCGUGGAAUAAAUCAGGUAUACAUUAUUGGAGGUGAUGGUACCCAAAGAGGAGCUUCACUCAUUUAUGAGGAAAUGUCAAUGGAGAGGAGCCAUUCCCUCAUUCAUCUAGUUUUAUUUUAUAAUCAUCUUUUCAUGAAGGAAGUUAAAAAGCGUGGUCUUAAAGUGGCUGUGGCUGGGAUUCCAAAGACAAUUGAUAAUGACAUUGCUGUGAUAGACAAAUCUUUUGGAUUUGAUACUGCUGUGGAAGAAGCCCAGAGAGCCAUUAACGCUGCACAUGUGGAGGUUGAAAGUGUUGAAAAUGGAGUUGGAAUUGUUAAAUUGAUGGGAAGAUACAGUGGUUUCAUUGCAAUGUAUGCAACACAGGCAAGCCGAGAUGUGGAUUGCUGCUUGAUUCCAGAGUCUCCCUUUUAUUUGGAAGGAAGAGGUGGACUUUUUGAAUUUAUUGAACAGAGGUUAAAAGAAAAUGGGCAUUUAGUCAUUGUGGUAGCAGAAGGAGCUGGUCAGGAAUAUGUUGCUGCGGAAGGGCACGCCUCAGAUAAAAAGGAUGCAUCAGGGAACAAGCUACUUCUUGAUGUUGGUCCAUGGUUAUCUGAUAAGAUCAAGGAUCAUUUCACAGUGUUUCGAAAGAUGGCAGUGAAUAUGAAAUAUAUAGAUCCAACGUACAUGAUUCGAGCGAUUCCAAGUAAUGCAUCGGACAACAUUUACUGCACACUUCUUGCUCAAGGUGCUGUUCAUGGAGCUAUGGCUGGAUAUACUGGCUUCACAAUCGGGCCUGUGAACAGUAAACAUGCUUAUAUCCCAAUUGCUCGUGUGACGGAGAGGCAAAAAACGGUCAAGCUGAGUGACAGGAUGUGGGCUAGACUUCUUGCAUCGACGAAUCAACCAGAUUUCGUUGCCUCUGAACAAGAAAGUUGA